GUUUAAAGAUUAACCAGAGUAUCAAUCUAAAGGAAGAUUCUAACGUUCCAUUGUCAUUCCACUUCCUUCUCUGUCUCACGGUUCCUCACUCCAGAACCUGCUGUCUGCUGUCCGGAGUUCAGAACAGUCAUGGCGAAAGUAUUUGAAGUAAAGAACGUCGAUCUGAAUGUAGGUGCCAAGCUGAUGAUCAAGGGCAAAAUUUCAGAUAAUGCUUCUAUGUUCUGCAUUGACAUGGGGAAGGACUCGAAUGACCUGGCACUGCACUUUAACCCUCGUUUCCAUGACACACCAGGCUCUGUCAUCGUGUGCAACUCCAAGCGUGGAGGUUGCUGGGGGUCCGAGCAGAGAGACCCCAAUUUCCCCUUCAAGAAAGGAGCCAUCAUCAAGUUGGCAGUGAAGGUCUUGGGUGACUGCUUUAAGAUUGAAUUGCCCAACAGUCAUAUCGUCACCUUUCCAAACCAUCUGAGUCUGAAAAAAAUCACCUACGUCAGAGUUAAGGGCGAUUUCAAAGUGACCUCCUUCAAAUUUGAAUGAACACCUACCACUGCAUGCUGAAUAAAACUUCAUGCAAACCCUU